GUAAGACAUUUUUGAUGAAAUCUGAGAGUUUCUGUCCCUCCAUUUCAUUUCAUUUGUGUAUCGAAGAUGAACAAAAUUCUUAAGGAUUUGCAAUGACAUGAAGCUGAGUAAUUAUUGGGGGGGUGAACUAUCCAUUUAAUGGAAACUAAUUUGUUUCAGGCUUUAAAUGAAUGGUUAGGCCUAUAGUGAAGAAAGUGUGGUUACUUUGUAUUGACAUUUUUCAAUUUAACUGCAAAAAGGAGCUGUUACCUGCCAACAUCUGGGACCAAUCCAUGGAUAGAUCCACACUUGCCCAACAGGUGGAGAGUGUUGAGCGAAAUGUAGCAUUUUUGCAACAGGAACAUCGGAUCCUCCUGACCGGUCUACGGCUAGAGAUACACAACCUGAAGAAACGAUGCAAUGAGCUGAGUUGUGAUCUAAGUAAAAGACCACCAGUGAGAACCCAAGAAGGUGAGUAUAAAAUCUCACAAAAUUCCAGCUAUUCCCACACGUUCCCUCAACUCCGUGUUAUUAUAGAUAUUGAGAUGGAGGAAGAGCUGCUACAGGCACGAUUGCUGGAGACAGAGCAGCAUUUGGCUGAGCAGGAAAGUGCGCUGGUGCAGCUUCGGGUGGAGCUACGGAAAAAGGGGGCACUUGCGAGCGCUCUGCAGGUUCGACUUCGAGAUGAAGAGCGGCGGUUCCUGGACGAGCUGAAGCGGCGCAGUCAUAAGAUCACCACGCUGAGUCGUGACCUCCGCAAGCAGACCGAUGUGGCCGCUCAACUCUCUUUCCAACUACAUUCAGCACACUUUCGAUUGUAUCACCAGGCAGAGGAUUUUGAGGAAGAUGAUGAAGAAGAAGAGGAUGAUGGAGGUGCCAUGCAGGAAUCGGAAUGGACUGCAAAUUCUCCAUGGACAUCUCCAGUGAUGGCGGAAAACGCACGUCAAAGCCGAGCUUCAGGAAGGAUGCGGAGAUCGGAGAGAGUGAGGGAGUGCGUGCCCCGCGAAAGGGUGCUUGGGCCCGAGGAGCCCCGCCCCAUGCCUGACCCCGCCCUUUUCCUUUAUCCUUUCAGACAUAGGCUCCUCCCCUUGCACAGGUCACUUGGAGAUCCCUGGAGUGAAGGCGGACUUUCAAGGAUGUCGGUAGCUCGAAAAGGUAGAUUCAGGAACCGGCCACUGAGGGAAGACAUUGGACCAGAGACAACAGAGUUAUAGAGUGUAACAGUCCCUUUUUUCAGCAGACUUGGUUCCUGAGGUGUUUUUCCCAUUCAUUUUUUUCUAUAGUGAUUUUUCAAAAGUCUUUGUUUAGGAGUUAUGAUUUUAAGCCAUGAACCAAACCAAACAGCUGCAAUGCGAAUCACAACAUUACAAACUUUGAUUUGAAGCAAAAAAGGUUUUGAAAAUCUGACAAAAAAAGACAAAGCUGUGUACUUCACAGCUUUAACUACAAUCCCAUGAAGCAUUACACAUAACAUAAUUAAAAUUAAAGCAGAUGGAGGAAUAUAAAACUUGAUUUGAAGACUUUAAUUAUGUAGGGAACCUACAGUACAUCAUUUGUGGUGCUUCAUGCAGUGAAGUGUUCUUCUCUGAUUGGUCGAUUUCUCUACAGAAUCAUGGUUAAUGUAGUUUUUCAACUGGAAUUCUGCUUUUGAACACAAUUAGUUAAAAAAUGAGUUGAAUUUUGGACUGGUGUCUUCAACAGAAGCAUAAUUAAACAAAUUGAAGCUCACAGUAGAUAUGUCUUCAAAAAGUUAUUCAAAAUACAUUCCCCUAUGGAGAAAAUGAAUGGGAUUUUGUCUUCCGGAACAUAUUAAGGUUGGAUAUGAAGAUUUUGGAAAAUUAGUCUUCAUUGUAAAAUCCAGAACACUCUAAAACUUUCCAUUCAGUAAUUAUUUGUGUCAAUGAAGUGAAUUAUUCUUGUCACAUUAGACACACUUUAAAAGAUGAGGUAAACUGGUGUAUUAUAUUGCUUUUGUGUUUUUGGUCUCAUUCGGAGCAGCACUAUGACAGCUAUGAAUGUGAGGGAUAGACUUACCAUGAUUUCAAUGGCAUCCGCUGUAAAAAGCUCCUAUAUCACUUAUAUUUUUCCAUUGUUCAUGUUGUCGAGAGUUUUUUCGUCUACUGAAAUUUCUGGUAAAGAUAUUUUUGCAGUGUUUUGUCAGCAGUAAAAUCCAAAAACACUUUAACAUUUAAAAUGAAAUAACAGUACAAUCUAUAUCUAUCCCUUACAGCCACGCUUUCAUUCACGUUAUACAUAAAAGAUGGCGCUGCCGUGGGUCAGUUGGUAAAGAGCUUUAUAUGUAAUGUAUAUGAAGUGAAUCAUGUUUUAUUUAUUAAAUAAUACAAAAAUCUUCGGAAUCGGAUUAAUGUUAUUUUGUUCAGUUGGCCCUAUUUAUAAAUAUAUAUGCUUAUACAUUAGGUUUAUAGCGUUUUCUGAAAGUUGGGAUAAUAACAAAAAAGGCUAAAAAACUGAAUUUUGUUUUUAUCAAGGAAUCUUACAGUGCGGACAAUAAUCACAAUAUCAUACAUAUAUUAAAUACAGCAGCAGUCAUGUUGUUUCUCUGGUGCUGUAUUGUAGAAACUUAUAAUUCUUGACUUGAUUUUAAAAAAGUUCAAUUUUCUAAGUGAUAUUCCAUUGUUAAACAGAUAGGAUCGGAAGUACAUAAAAUUAUAAUGAUUAUACAAAAAAUAUUUUAGAAAAUGUAAUUUUGGUUUAAAGAAAUGACAUGUCAAGGUUGUGACAUUGUAUAAGCACAAUUACUUUAAAUGAUAAAAAUGUAUUAAACUCAACAGAGUCUGUGUGAUGUUGUUAUGGAAAGAAAUAAAGAAAUAGGGUCUUCAGGAUCAAAACUGA